AUGGCGUGGGAACGAGACCUUCCGCUGGGAGUGCGUUUCCUUGAUUGCCUGGGCAAGGUCGUGCAGCUCCUGCUGCGGCUGGUGUGUCCGCUGGUCCCGAAGCCCAGGUUCAAGGCCCAGGUGGCCGGAGCGAAGCAAGCUCCAGCGCCGGAGACGCGCGAAACCGACGUGAUGCGCAUGCUAGAGGAGCUUGCCGCGGCGCAGCCCGCGUGGGCGGGCCUCGAGCUCUCAGAGCGCGCGGCCCUGUUCCGCUCCGUCGCCCGGCGCGUCGUCGACGGCGUGGACGCCUACGCCGCCGCAGCGACGAAGGCCAAAGGCGCGGGCGGCUGCGGCGGCGCCGUGCACGCUCUCGACAUGUCCGCCGCCGUCGGCUACCUGAUGGAGAUCGCGGCCGGACUGGACGCCGCAGGCAAGCCGCCGCUCACGGGCAUCCGCACGCUGCCGAGCGGCCGGCUCGCGGUGCGCGUGUGGCCGCGGGGUCUGUUUGCCAUCUUGUUUGGGGAGUGUUCGGUAGAAACAUAUCUCACGCCGGGGAGCCCGCCGACGCAGGGAGCGCGCGUGCACAAGCGGCCGGCACGUGGCGUCGCGUGCGUCCUCGGCGCCGGGAACCACGCGUGCGCCGUGCUCAUCGACGUCGCCUCGGUCCUCGCGUCGGGCCGCGUCGUCCUCCUGAAGGUCAACCCUGUGUCUGACUGGACCGCGCCGUACCUGACCGCGUUCCUACACCCCCUCAUACACGCCGGCUUCGUCCGCGUGUGCCACGGCGGCCCCACCUCGCCCGCGGCGCGCGCGGUCCGCGACCCCCGCGUCGCCGUCGUGCACCUCACUGGCAGCGCUUCUUCCUUCAACGCCAUCGUGUGGGGGCACCCACAGGGGCCGCGGGGGGGGGUCGCGCUGCCCGAGGGCGCGCUCGGGACGUCGAAGCCCGUCUUCGGCGAGCUCGGCUGCGUGACGCCGUACAUCAUCGCGCCGUGCGAGAAAAUGUCGCGGCGCGACCUGCGUCGCAUUGCGCGCGCAGUCGCCACGGGCGCCGGGCACAACACGGGGCACAACUGCCUCGCCGCGGAGGUCCUCGUCACCGACGCUGCAUGGCCGCAGCGCGAGGAGUUCCUCGCCGUCCUCCGCGAGGAGCUGCGCGCGUCCCCGCUCGCGCCGUGUUGGUACCCCGGAUCCGACGUGCUGAUGCAGCGGUUCCGCGACGCGUACGGGGAGCGCGUGGAGGAGAUCCGGUCGCUGCCGCGCGGCGACGGGCACCACGGCCCGCUGUGGCUGCUGGCGACGGGGGUCGAUCCGAAGGAGGCGCAGCUCAGCCACGAGACGUGGAGCACGUCGCUGCAGGAGGUGCCGCUGGUGACGGAGGGCGGCGGCGUCGAGGCGUUCCUGCGCACGGCCACCAAGUUCUGCAACGAAAAGAUCGCGGGCGAGCUCUCGUGCGCCCUGUUCAUCGACGCGCGCGCCGAGCGGCGGCACGCUGACGCCUUGCAGCGCGCGCUGGAGGAGCUGCGCUACGGCGCGGUGUGCGUCAACCUGCCGACCAUCUGGGGGUUCUUCCUCCCAACCAUGACCUGGGGAGCCUUCCCCGGGAACACGCUCGAAAACAUAGGCUCAGGGAACGCGUUCGUGAUCCCGGCCAGCAUGCUGGACCAUCCGGAGAAGUCCGUGCUGCGCGCCCCGCUGUCGCUCGCGCCCGUGGAGCCCUGCGACAUCCAAAACCACAACGUCCCCGGCAUCGCGCCCAAGCUCCUGCGCUUCCUGCUGCAGCCAAACAGCGUGUGGCGCAUGCUCGCGCUGGCCGUCCAGGCAGUCCGGGGGUGA